CACCCUGGCAACCCUGCAGCUGAGAGCAGGAAGCAGAAAGCAGAAAGCGGGCGGAUGGAGGAACGGUUAGGCGUUUGGGGAUCCACUUGUACUCUUUUCCUCUUUUAGCCGUGUUUUACCCGGUUUGAGGAGUUCACACGGUUUACCGUGUAGCCGGAUUACAGCCCGCACUGCUGGACCGAGUCAAACCCGCGUUAAACCGCGCCGUUUCAACGCCCAGCCGUUUGCAUUCAGACAAGGGCGUGUGUGUGUGUGUGUGAGUGUGUGUGAGAGAGAGAGAGAGAGUGAGUGAGAGAGAGUGUGUGUCGGGGAGAAGAAGCCUUGCAUGGUGGAUAGUGUGUGUGUGAGUGUGAGUGAGAGUGUGUGAGAGUGUGUGAGGGAGGAUGGGCUGCACGCUGAGCACAGAGGACAAGGCGGCGGUGGAGAGGAGCCGCAGAAUAGACCGGAACCUGCGGGAUGAUGGAGAGAAAGCAGCGCGCGAGGUUAAACUGCUGCUGCUGGGAGCGGGGGAGUCGGGGAAGAGUACAAUAGUCAAGCAGAUGAAAAUUAUCCAUGAGGCGGGUUACUCAGAGGAGGAGUGUAAGCAGUACAAGGCCGUGGUGUACAGUAACACCAUCCAGUCCAUCAUCGCCAUCAUCCGCGCCAUGGGACGCCUCAAAAUCGACUUUGGGGACGCAGCACGAGCGGAUGAUGCCCGGCAGCUGUUUGUGUUAGCGGGCAGCGCGGAGGAGGGCUUCAUGACGGCCGAGCUGGCUGGAGUGAUAAAGCGUCUGUGGAAGGACGGAGGAGUGCAGGCCUGCUUCAGCCGCUCCCGAGAGUAUCAGCUCAAUGACUCUGCUGCAUAUUAUCUGAACGAUCUGGACAGGAUAUCGCAGGCCACCUACAUCCCUACGCAGCAGGACGUACUGAGGACCCGUGUCAAAACCACAGGCAUCGUGGAGACUCACUUCACCUUCAAGGACCUGCACUUCAAGAUGUUUGAUGUUGGAGGUCAGAGGUCAGAGAGGAAGAAGUGGAUCCACUGUUUCGAGGGCGUGACGGCCAUCAUCUUCUGCGUGGCUCUCAGUGACUACGACCUGGUGCUGGCCGAGGACGAGGAGAUGAACCGAAUGCACGAGAGCAUGAAGCUCUUCGACAGCAUCUGCAACAACAAGUGGUUCACAGACACGUCCAUCAUCCUGUUCCUCAACAAGAAGGAUCUGUUUGAGGAGAAGAUUAAGAAGAGCCCACUCACCAUCUGUUACCCUGAGUACGCAGGCUCCAACACGUACGAGGAGGCGGCGGCGUAUAUCCAGUGUCAGUUUGAGGAUCUGAAUAAGAGGAAGGACACUAAGGAGAUCUACACACACUUCACCUGCGCCACCGACACCAAGAACGUCCAGUUCGUCUUCGACGCCGUCACCGACGUCAUCAUCAAGAACAACCUGAAGGACUGCGGACUCUUCUAGAACCUCCCACGGUGGAGAUUACAGUGUUUCGUGUUUUCCCAUGAGGCCGUGUGUGUGUGUGUGUGUGUGUGUGUGUGUGUUGGAUCAGUGCUGUACAUUGCGUCUCGUCCCUCUGCUUUAUUUAUGCUUUUCGUCUCUUUUGUCCUUUUUCACGUCUUUAACCAGAAAAGGGAAAUGUAACGUUUUAGCGCUCGUAGCCAUGACGCUUUUUCUUUCACCUCUGAUCUCCAACGUUCACCUUCUUUUGUUUUUAAAAAUAUUUUCCAUAAAGGACGUGUUUUUAAUAUUUUUUUUUUCUCUUCGUGUCCUUGUGGACGGUUUUCCAGCAGAGGGACAUUUCGGCUGUCGGGUUUUUGUGCCUUGCCGUGCUUUUUUUUUUUUGUUUGUUUUUUCUCCCUCUAAAUAUCUCAUAACCUGUAAAUAAAACUCGUAGUGGGUCAGAGGGGGCGGAGCUUAGGGUAAACUCGAUCAGCAAAUCACAAACUUGUGUGUAUGAUGUCACUUUUUUGAUUACUGAAUAUAAUUGUUUAGCUAUGCUAGCCUGCUACCCAGAUGCUAACUGGCUUAGCUUAGCUUAACUUAGCUGACGUUAUCUCUUCAGUUGCAAUCUGAUCUUACAUAGCUAGCUAGCAUUGUAGAGUAUAACAGCUUAGCAUUCUUAUCUGAGCUAGUCAGCUAAAAAAAACUGCGUUUAAUUAAUCAUGUACCUAAACAGUGCACUGUGCUAAACCAUUUCACUUAGCUAACAUUAGCAUUACACCACUAGUAGUAGUUGUGUUAUCUAAUGUUAGCUUACUAGCAAGCUAAACUGGCAUUGUACAAAAUACCGCUUUUAGUUACGCAGUGUAAUAGUUGAGCAGUACUAAGCUGGGGUUAACGUUAGCCUCUUAGCUAGCUAGGCUAACGUUAAAGGUAUUUCUCCAGCAAUAGCUAGCAACUUGUGGUAUUAUGCUAGCUGUGAUGAGGUGAUAUGAUCACAUCAGUGAUUGGAGGAUUAAAUUUUACUUAAGCUCCGCCCUCCACCCCAUCUGCACCCACGGACGCCUGUAAUCCACAUAGUGUGUGUGUGUGUGUGUGUGUGUGUGUGUGUGUGUGUGUGUGUGUGUGUGUGUGAGAAAGAGAGAGAGCAUUCUCGCUUUCUCUGAUAGGAGCUGAAUGUCGAUCCCAAGCUCAGUCUCCACGGCAACAAGAGAAUGCUUCAGACGGAGCGGCUCUGCCAUUGGAUGACGAGAGAUUGACGUACGUGUGUGUGUGUUUGUGUGUGUGUGUAUGUGUAUGUGUGUGUGUUUGUGUGUGCGUUCUCCCAGAAGCCUCGGCUAGCCGCCAUCUCUCACACUCACCGCUGAGGAUCUGUUUUAAAGUUUUAACAAAAUCGCCUGUGUUGAAUAAUUCAUGAUGAUGAUGAUGAUGAUGAUGGUGAUGAUGACUCACCCACUCUUUCUCUCUCUCUCUCUCUCUCUCUCUCUCUCUCUCUCUCUCUCUCUGUCUGUGGGAACAUUUGUACACUCAUGUCCCUUAUUUUGCUAAUAAAAAGCAUUUGCAAUCCA